GCUCGCGAAUAGUCUCAUUUAUUCAGUUUGCCAUUUGCUGUUCAAAUUCAUUAAACGUCAAGUGAUUUUAAAAUUAAAUUCGGCGGAGAGGAAAAGAAAAAUGCAUACCUUUUAUGCCUAGCCAUAGCCAUCCGACUUGAAGAUUGAAGAUUGCGUUUCAGUGUGUUCAGUGUCCGAUGGAAAGAGGAAGUUAUUGAUUUGUGAGAAAGUUGCAACCUGCAAGCAAACAGGCAAGGCAAGGCAGGGCAACAACAUAGAAAGUUUUCUUUUCUUUCGUUCGUUCGUUCGUUCGUUCGGCGGCUGUAAUGCUGUGAAGCAUCACUGGAAUGGAAAACCUUAACUUUGCACGCACGCCGCAAUUUCUGCGCAAAGUUAUCAACGAGGCGCGCAGAUCGUUUAUACACACCGCCCCAUCCGCUGGGGGACAGCAUCCAGAGGAGGCAUCAACACCACCACCACGCGACGAAAUGGAACUCGCCCACACACUGACCCUCAAUGAGGCGGCUAUGAAGCAGCUGCCCGAGGCAAAGCGGCCGGUGUUCGAGCUGGAGUGGCUGCGGUACCUGGAGAAGUCGCUGCCCCAUGUGGCCAAACACGAGAUCAAGGCCAACCAGAAGAAGUUGGUCCAGCAGCUGUCCGAGCGCAUCCAGGGAGCCCCUGGUCCGCCCAUGCGGAAGCUGAUAGCCGGCGCACUGGCCACCCUCUUCUCGGUGGGCGACACCUUCAUGCUCUUCGACACGGUGAAUGCCUGCAAUGACAUACUCAAGAACAAGGAUGAUUCGCCCAGCUAUCUGCCCACCAAGCUCGCUGCCAUUUGCGUCUUGGGCUCGAUGUACGAAAAGCUCGGCAGGAUGAUGGGCAGAACCUAUGAGGACACUGUCCAGAUACUCAUUCGCACCCUGAAGAACGCCGAGUCGCAAGCGCGGAUCGAGAUCAUGCACACCCUGGAGAAGGUCAGCGCCGGCAUGGGCACGGCCAUUGCCAACGUACACAAGGACAUCUACAAGGCGGCCAAGCACUGCCUGCUCGACCGAGUAAUGGCCGUGCGCGUGGCCGCCGCCCGCUGCAUACUCAAGAUGAUAUACAGUGCCCCGUUCCUCUACCAGACGGAGCUGGAGAGCCUGGGAACGCUCUGCUUUCGCGCCUUUGACGGGAGCAACUACGAGGUGCGCUGUGCGGUGGCCCAACUGCUGGGCACGCUGCUGGCCUACACCCAGCAGCUGGCGGAGGCGGCCCAGAACAAGAAAGCAAAUCAGGCAGUUGUCCUGCAGGCGGGCAAGGGAGCCACGCAGCGUCUGGUGUCGCUGGACGAGGCGCUGGGCAUUCUGAUGUCGGGAUUCCUGCGGGGCGGAGCCUCCUUCCUCAAGGGAACCGGGGAGAUCAUCAAGGGCAGCUCCGGAGUGAAUCGGGAGGUGCGUGUGGGCGUCACCCAUGCCUACGUGGUGUUUGUCCAGUUCAUGGGCAGCGUCUGGCUUGAGCGCCAGUUGAGCGUGUUCCUGGCCCACGUCCUGGAUCUGGUGGCCAAUCCGAAGGCGGCCUGCUCGCACGUGGAUGCCGUCUACUCGCGCAAGUGCAUAAACUUCAUUCUGCGCUCGACGAUCGGCAAGAUGCUGGGGGAGAAGGCCCAGACGGCCGCCUGCAAGGAGCUCAUCCACAUGGUGGCGAAGCAGAUGAGCUCGAUCGACUUCAAUCCGGAGAACGCCAAGGACUCCAACCAGGAGACCCUCUUCAGCCAGCACCUGCUCGUGUGCGCCCUUCAGGAGCUGAGCUCCCUCUUCAUUUGCCUGGGCACCACGGCCCAGAACCUGCUUGGGGAUCAGUCCCUGCAGACAAUCGACGCCACCUGCGCGGUGCUGGUCCAUCCGUGCGCCGCCGCUCGACUGGCGGCCGCCUGGUGCCUGCGCUGCUGCUGCGUGGCCGUACCCAGCCAGAUCACGCCUCUCAUCGACCGCUUCAUCGAGGCCAUUGAGCAGAUGCGCUCCUCCCCAGAGGCCAUCGCCGGCUACAGCUGCGCCCUGGCGGCCAUUUUGGGCAGCGUACGCUACUCCCCGCUGGGCAUACCCCACACCAAGGGCAAGGUGGUCUUCAACUGUGCCGAGGAGCUGCUGCGCUCCGCCUCCCAGAAUAGCCGCAUGUCGCUGCACCGCACCCAGGCCGGCUGGCUGUUGAUCGGGGCAAUCAUGACCCUGGGAUCGCCGGUGGUCAAGGGUCUGCUGCCGCGCAUGCUGCUCCUGUGGCGCAACUCCUUCCCUCGAUCCAACAAGGAGCUCGAGUCGGAGAAGGCCCGCGGCGAUGCCUUCACCUGGCAAGUGACGCUCGAGGGGCGCGCCGGUGCCCUCUCUGUGAUGCACAGCUUCCUGCUCAAUUGUCCGGAACUGGUCAGCGAGGACAUCACCCGACGGCUACUCACUCCCAUCGAGAGUGCUCUGGCAAUGCUGGUCAAUUUGGCCACUAUCCUCAAGAGCUAUGGCACCCAAUUGAAGGCUCCGGCGGCCAUGGUGCGACUACGCCUCUUCGAGACGCUGACUCUGCUGCCGCCCAAUGCGUUGGAGGCCUCCUACACGCAUCUCCUCCGCAUGCUCGUCUCGGAGUUCACGCUCUCGGACAACGCGGCCAACACCACCAACUCUCUGCUGCGCACGCUCUGUCAUGGCGAUGAUUCCAUUAUUCUGGGCACCUGGCUCCAGGAGACCAACCAUCGCACCAUCGAGGAUCAGAUGGAGCCCAAUCGCAAAGUCGAUGGCGAGCAUCUGCAGCCCAAUAGUGCGGCUGGUUCGGGGGCACUGGAGCAUGAUCCCUGCUGCCUGUACCGCCCCAAUUGGUAUGCCCAUGGAAACAGCGGCGGCAGCAACAGUGGCUCGACGACAAACUCUGGGCACGGCACUGGAAACUCUGGUGGCAGCGGCUCCGGCAACCUGCAGCUAAUCAAAAAGGCUCAGCAGUGUCCCGGCCCCCUGCCGCUGGGCGUGGCUGUGAUCGACAUGUCCGUGACGCUGUACGGCACCAUCUUCCCGAAGGUGGCCAACAAGCAUCGGCUGCAAAUGCUGGAGCACUUUGGCGAGUGCAUCAAGCAGGCGAAGAGCAGCCGCCAGGAGGCGGUGCAGAUGAACAUCUUCACGGCUCUGCUGUGCGCGCUGAAGAAUCUGACGGACAGCAAGACGAGCCUCGGCCAGGAGGAUGUGCGGAGGAGCGCAACCGCCCUAAUCGUCGCCUCGCUGACCAGCGCCAACUCCACCAUACGCUGCGCGGGAGGCGAGGCUCUGGGAAGGCUGGCUCAGGUCGUGGGCGACUCGCACUUCACCGCCGAGCUGGCCCAGAACAGCUUCGACAAGCUCAAGUCGGCCAGGGAUGUGGUCACACGCACGGGACACUCGCACGCCCUUGGCUGCUUACAUCGCUAUGUGGGCGGCAUGGGCUCCUCGCAGCAUCUCAGCACCAGUGUGUCCAUUUUACUGGCCCUGGCCCAGGAUAGCGCCUCGCCGGUUGUGCAGGUUUGGUCACUGUACGCCCUGGCCCAAAUCGCCGACUCCGGCGGUCCCAUGUUCCGCGGCUAUGUCGAGGCGGCGCUCACGAUGUCCCUCAAGCUGCUGCUUAGCGUUCCGCAUGCCCACGUGGAUGUGCACCAGUGUGUGGGCCGUGUGGUCAAUGCCCUGAUCACCACCGUGGGACCGGAGCUCCAAGGGAGUGCUGCCGGAGUCUGUGCCAUGCGCGGCUCCUUCCUGUGCUCGGCCGCCCUGCUGCAGGCGCAUGCGGACCCCCUGGUGCAGGCCGAGGCGAUCGGCUGUCUGCAACAGCUGCAUCUGUUCGCCUGCAAGUCCCUGCAGCUGGACUCGCUGGUGCCAACCCUGGUCAAGAUGCUCGCCAGCAACUACUUCAUCCUGCGAAAGGCGGCAGUCUCCUGCUUGCGCCAGCUGGCGCACCGCGAGGCGAAGGAAGUGUGCGAGCUGGCGCUUACCAUAAGCCCGGAGCAGUGCCCGGACCUGGUGCUCACGGAGUACGGCCUGCCCGGACUGCUCUUCUCGAUGCUGGACACCGAAACGGACGCCGAGAUGCUGAAGAACAUCCACGACACCUUGACCUCCAUGCUGCAGAUGCUGGCUGCGGAUAACCUCAGCUCCUGGCUGAGUCUCUGCAAGAAUGUGCUCACGGUGGCCGUGGAGGGGGGCCUGGCCGAGGAUGGCCCCCCCACAGGGGGAGAUCACGCGAACAAGGAUCACACGUCGGGGCAGGAAGAGGACGACGACGAGGAGGAGGAGUAUGCCGACGAUGUGACCGAGUACAGGGCGGAGGAGAACACCUCCACACAUCCGGCCGUCCAGCCCCGCUGGCCCACCCGCGUCUUUGCAUCCCACUGCGUCCGGCGGAUCAUCUCCAGCUGCGAGGCCUCCAGCCCCAUGCACUUUGACCUGCUGCAGGCCAAGGAGCAGCAGAUGAUCAAGUCCCGCGGCGACUACCUCAUCCUCCACCUGGCGGAGCUGAUUCGCAUGUCCUUCAUGGCGGCCACCUCCGACUCGGACCAGCUGCGGCUGGAGGGACUACGCACACUCCAGGAGAUCAUCGAUCGCUUCGCCAACGUCCCCGAGCCCGAAUUUCCCGGCCACCUGCUGCUCGAGCAGUUCCAGGCCCAGGUGGGGGCUGCACUGCGUCCCGCCUUUGCUCCAGACACGCCCUCCCAUGUGACGGCCGCCGCCUGUGAGGUGUGCUCCGCGUGGAUCGGGUCGGGAGUGGCGCGGGACAUCAGCGACCUGAGGCGCGUCCACCAGCUGCUCGUGAGCUCCCUCAGCAAGCUGUACACGAAGACGAACAGCACCCAGCUGUACAACGAGUCCAUGGCCACACUGGAGAAGCUGAGCAUCCUCAAGGCAUGGGCCGAAGUCUACAUUGUCGCCAUGAUGGGCAACGGCAAGGCGCCAGCCUCCCUCCUCUCGCUGCAGUCACAGCAGGCGGUCCAGUCCCUGACCGGAGUGGAGGCGGAGGCGGAAGUGGACCCCGACACCACAUCAGACAGCCGAGGCGAGAGUCUGCUGGGUCUGGUGCAGCCGGAGCUGCAUAAUCUGUCCACGCACUGGCUGAACGCCAUGAAGGACCACGCUCUGCUGCUGCUGCCGGCCGAGUUUCAGUCGCAGCUGCCGCACGACGGUGGCGCCUUCUACACGACGGACACCAUCAAUUCCUCGAAGCCGCACUACAUGACCAGCUGGCCCCCACUGCUGUAUGCCUCGGCCCUUUGGCUGCGCGACGAGGGCUUUGCCCGGCACCAGGACACGGCCGCCAGCUCAUCGGCGGAGUCCAACAACAAUCAUAUAACGCACGGCUCCCUCUCGGCAGACCGCUUCCACAUGAUAUUCGGGAUCUGCAUGGAGGCCCUGUGCAGCAUGCGUAGCUCCGAGAAGCCCAAAAACAUCGUCAGCUGCCUGCGAUCCCUACACAGCAUCUUCGACUCGACUUGGGCGCGCCAGCAGUUGAUCAAGGAUCGAGCCCUGACCAUCGAACUGUGCCACGUGCUGCACCGCCAGAUCCUGACGCGCGACGAGCUGCUGGUACAGCUGCUGUGCGUAGAGAUCCUCAAGCAAACAAUCCAGGCGGCGCGCGAGGAUCUCGACAGCAGGCGCGACGACAACGCCAAUUCGGAGGACAGCCUGCAGCUGGGGGAAGACAACUCGAUGCAGCCCGGCAGCUCGCAUGUGUACGCCGUGCUGGAGGUGUGCCUCUGCCUGUUCGUGCGCCAGAUACCGAGCAUGAACCCCACCAAGCAGAGUGGAACGGGGGGCCUUCAGUUGGACUAUGCCUACGCCAAGUUCCACUCCACCGCCUCCUUCUUCUCCGUGCUGAGCGACGACAGUGGCCUGCUGGUUGCCAGUGGGCUGCAGUGCGUCGAACAGCUGCUAGACCUCUGCACGCCACGGGGAGCUCUCACCAUUCUGCCCACCAUCCUGUACAUGACCACUAGCAUCGUCAAGGAGAUAGCCAACAAGUCCGCCAUAGACAGCAGCAUCUUGGCCAACACUAGUGCCGUGCAGGCCGCCCUUCAGUGCCUGCGCUCGGUCUGCGUGCAUCGGUGGUCGCGGCAGCCGGACACCGCCGAGGACUGGCAGCAGCUGCUGCAGAGCGCCCUAGCCACGGUCAUAGAUCUCACAAAGACGGCCGGCGACAACGAGGAGCGAAAGGUUGACGAGGUCACCAUGCUGCUGGCCAUCGCCGUCUUCAUUCUCCACACUCCAGCCUCCGUGGUGGCCGCGCCCUCGCUGCAGUAUCCCUGCAUUAACCACUUCCGGCAGUGUCUGCAGUCGGAGCACCUGUCGGUCAAACUGAAAUGCAUCGAGACCACGCGCUCCAUCUUCGCCAAAGCGGAGCUCAAAACGGCCACCCCCUACAUCCAUGCCCUGGCGCCGCGCAUCAUCGAGUCCCUGUACGCGGAGUCCAGCAAGACGCCGACCAGCGAACUGGAGCUUCAAGUCACCCUGGAGAGCAUUGUCACAGUGGAGCAGCUGAUCGACCUGGCCGAGCCACAGCACCGAAACAUGAACUUGCUACAAGACAUACAAAUGCUGACGUUACUGGUGCCUGUACUGAUUGGUUUCCUGGCCGACCCCAGCCGGCUGAGAGCCGUAGCCAAGUACCAGCGUCAACUGCACGAGCAGGCCCUGCAAUGGCUGCUCAAGAUUGGACCGAAAUAUCCGCAGGAGUUCAAGGCACUGAUGGGUCAGACCCCGGAGUUGCGCCAGAAACUGGAGGCAGCCAUACGCAGUCAGCAGCAGUCAAUCAACAUUGCCCAGAAGGCAUCGGAAGCCCAGAGGAACGGUCUCCUGGCCAAGCCACAGAAGCCGACCAUCAAGCUGAAGACGGACUUCAGCAACUUCCAAUGAACCUGAACGCGAACCGCCAUCAGUUCCAGCUGCUCAUGCAAUGCUUCUUUGUGCUCUAUUAGAUCUACUUACAGUCUGCUACAGAAAAUGCUUUGCAAUGCAAAUUAUUAACAUGUGCACUCUCCCUGGAGUUGUGCAUUUGUUUUUUUGGCUAUAUGUACUCUUACUAUAAACAGACACACACUCAAACACGCGAUGAAAGUACCUACAACUUUAUAAAUUAUAUUUGUUAGCUAUUAUAAUGAGUAAUAUACGAUGCGAUAUAAAGUAAACAAUAAACUUAUAAAGGCAA